GUGGAUGCUAGCAACAUAACUUUUGUUGGAGUAUCAUGGGGAAUAUCUCUUCAGGUGGAAAGUCUUACUUUGCUGUUUGAUUUCCUUCUUACCGAAGGCUUAUAACUGGCCCUAUCGUUUUGAAAUCUCUGUGCAAACCCCCUCAUCCCAAGUUCCUCUCUAAGCUCAAACUUUUUCACCAUGGCAAUGCUACUCCGACUUCCGUGCCUCUUCUCCGCCUGUGCACUCAUCACUGCUGCACCAGUCAAAAUCCACUCACGUAAGCUCAUGCCCUUUGAGUGUGACAAUGAAGACUAAUUGAUACUUAGAACGGGAUUUGGAAUAUGUUAGAUCUCCAUUGACCCAGUCAAUUGAAGGCAUUUCCUCAAAGCGAGACACCGAAUACGUUCGAAACCCUUGAGUGAUUGGGAUACCGCACUCCCUGCUCCCAACAACGGGCCUGUCGAAUCUGUCCCACAAGCAGAUCUCAAGCACUAAGUCUGUAAAAGGGGAUAUACAAGAGAGCGUAAAGGAUUCGGAUGGACUAGAAUCGAUCUUGCUGGAGGAAUGCGGGAUUGUGGUGGCUGGGCAGGUGAAGGGAUGCGGGUGUCAUGGCCGAGAGGCACUUGCGUUAAUGAUUACGAGAAUGA